AUGCUCUCACGUGUUGCUGUAGCUGUAAUGGCACCCCGCACACACAACCGUCGCCGCGUGACUGGAUCCAGCGGGAGGAGGAGGGAAGGAAGAGAGAGUGAGCGGCAGAGGCCCAACAUGUCGCGGCAUCUCUUCUACUCUGCGGUGCUUCUCCUCGUUCUUGUGAUGAUGUGCUGCAACGCUGGUGGUGCUGCGGAAGGUCCGGAGCAGGCAUCUGAACGAAAGUUUGAAUGGAAGUACGUCAAGGAUGAGGAGGGUGGUGGUGUAACUGUGGAGUCGUUGGGUGUUCCCGGUCUUCUAAAAGUGGGGAGUGACGUAUUUGCUGUUGCCGAGGCGAAGGAAACGAAGAAGGAGGGUCAAGGCAGCUUUACUGGCAUUGCAUCCCAACUUCUCACGACACUAAACGUUAACACACCGGUGGAAAUAAUGAAGGAUGCCAACACGAAGACACAAUUUCUGGAGGAAUCUAUUUCCGAAGGCCCAAAGAAAGUGGAUGUGAGCCGACCAACAACGGUUGUGAAGGGAAAUGAUAUUUACAUGCUUGUUGGGAAAUACAACCGUAAUGAUGCUCAGGGGAGUAGUGGGGGUGACUCGGGGCUGUUGCUGGUGAAAGGGAGCGUCAGUAGUGUUGAUGCAAGUAAAAAAAAAAUUGACUGGAAAAAUACCAAAAGUCUCCCGCGAGGACCUUUUGGCACAGAACUCGAAUCCUUGACGGGACUGUUUGGAGGCGGUGGAUCGGGCGUUCAGAUGCAUGAUGAUACGCUUGUGUUCCCCGUGGAAGCCACGAAGAAGGGUGACGCACAAAAGGAUGUGAAAACCGUUUCGCUGAUUAUACACAACUCGAAGGACACUAAUGAGGGUUGGAAGCUGUCGAAGGAGGUUCCUUACGAUGGCUGCGGUGAUCCCUCCGUCGUGGAGUGGAAGGACAAAAAACUCAUCAUGAUGACUGCGUGUGAUGGUGGCCGCCGCAGGGUGUACGAGUCCGUUGACAAGGGGGAGUCGUGGACGGAGGCACUCAGGACACUCUCGCGCGUGUGGGGCAACAAACAUGGCGAAAAAGCGAAGGGCGUUAGAAGCGGGUUCAUCACAGCGAAGAUUGACGGUGUUGAAGAUAACAGAAAUGUGAUGCUCGUCACUCUGCCGGUGUAUUCCGAGGAGGACAGUAAAAAAGUAACGGGCAAUGGAAAGGGAAAACUCCAUCUUUGGCUGACGGACAAUACGCACAUUGUUGAUAUUGGGCCGGUAUCCGAUGAUGACGCUGCCGCCAGCUCCCUGCUGUACAAAAGUGCUGCAAGUGGAACUAAUAAGAAGGAGGAGGAGUUGAUUGCACUGUAUGAGAAGAAGAAGGAAGAUGAGAAACCAUCACCUGGUAUGGUCUCUGUGCUUCUGACUGAGCAGCUGGAGCGGGUGAAGGAGGUGCUGGCGACGUGGAAGAAAGUGGACGACCUUGUCUCCAAGCUGUGCCCUUCUGGGAGUACGGAGAAGAGUGCCUCACCUGACAAUGCCUGCAGCCCUACUGUUAAGAUCACGGAUGGGCUGGUUGGCUUUUUGUCCGGCAACUUCUCUAAUGAAACAUGGAGGGACGAGUACCUCGGGGUGAACGCCACAGUGAAGAAUAAUGAUGGGGGUAAGAAGGCAAAAUUGCAUGAAGGCAGUGUGAAGUUCCGGGGAGCGUGGGCGGAGUGGCCUGUUGGCAAGCAGGGGGAGAAUCAGCUGUACCACUUUGCGAACUACAACUUCACUCUUGUGGCGACGGUGUCCAUUGACAAGGUGCCGCAGGGAGAUACCCCUGUUCCUUUGUUGGGUGUGCGUCUGAACGAUGAAAAAAAAACCAAACUUAUGGAGCUGUCAUAUGACAGCGGAAAGAAGUGGCAGGUGCUGUCCGGUGACAAAACUUUUAAGGAGCUUAAGAGCGCUUUGGAGCCAGAGAAAACACACCAAGUGGUGCUUGUGGUACGGAACGGCACUCAAGGCUCCGCUUACGUCGAUGGUCAUCGCGUGGGUGGGGACGAAGCGUGUGCAUUGGAGAAUAUGGAUUCAAGAGCGGUAUCCCACUUCUACAUUGGAGGGGGCGGAGACAGUGCAGUGAGCACAGGGAUCGAAGAAGAGAUGUCUGUGACUGUGACGAACGUCCUGCUGUACAACCGCCCGUUGAGCUCUGAAGAGAUUGGCGCCCUAAACCCGAAUAAAGCUUCUAUUCCACCUGUGGUGCAUGAAAAAGCCCAAGGAACCCAGUCGCAGUCCUCUUCUGCCGGACAACCGCCGUCGGGGCCUAAAUUGUUGAAUGGAAAUGAGGGUGAGGUCGGUGGCAGCACGUCCCCAUCAGAACCGUCCACUGUAACGAAUUCAGGAAAAGAGCAAUCCGAAAUUCAGCCGCCUUCAGCAAUAUCUUCCGGCGGAAGUAAACAUGUGGAUGUCGCUUCCUCAUCCGAUGGUGAUCCAAGGGUGGGAGCGGAAGCUGGAGGUGCUGUGCAGGGAGACACACCACCCCAAACUCCUGUGGAUACUCCCGACACAGCAGAUGCAAACGCUCCUACCGCUACGGACACAGCUCAAGUUGGCCCCGCAGCUACAACUGAUGUGGGUGCGAGCUCUGGUGAGGAUGGGGAGACGGCGGAAGGGAGGGAUGGGCAGGAAGAGCUCCAUGCACGGGACGGCGAAGUAAAGGCUGCGGCACUCAGAAGCAGCCUCGGAAAUGUGUCGCAGGGGAAUAACAGCGAUGCCGGCACUGUGCGUGGGAGCGGACUGCCAUCGCUGCUUCUUCUGUUGGGACUGUGGGUGUUUGCGGCUCUGUGA